AUGUCUCGGGAUAACCGUGAAUGUUGGCGCUGUGGAAAGAAAAACCACAACAGUGACAAUUGCUAUUACAAGAAAAGCAUAUGUCAUAUCUGUCAGAAGCAAGGACACAUUAGCAGGAGGUGCCAUGAGAAACCACAGGAGAAGAAGGCCCAUAAACCAGAAAAACUUAAGAAAAAAUCAUCCAAAGUCAGGUAUAUGGAUUCAACAGUGGAACAUGAGCUACCUGAUGGCAGUGAUGAGGAUGCAGACUCUUAUGAUGACACAUUGAGUAAUACUUUAUUCACUGUAAAAUCUAUUGCAGGUGAUAAGCCCAUCUACAUUCCUAUGUGUGUUGAAGGGUCAAACAUUUCAUUGGAGUUGGAUACUGGAGCUGGAGUAACUUUGAUUUCGGAGGAGCAGUACAAGAGAGAGUUUAGGCAUAUUCCGCUGAAAACCACAAACCUGCCUUACUUGGAGACUUAUACUGCAGAAAAAUUACCUGUUUUGGGAAAAAUACAGCUGGAUGUUGACUAUAAUGAACAGUCUAUCACUUUACCUGUAUAUGUGGUGACAGGAAGUGGACCGGCGCUCCUAAGCAGAAACUGGCUAUCUCAGAUACAGCUUGACUGGUAUUCCAUUGGCAGAGUCAAUACCGUGCGAGUUGACAAUUCCCAGAAGGACUUGGAACAGUUGUUGUCAAAGUAUUCAGCCUUAUUUGAUGGCAGUUUGGGAACUGUAAAGGGUGUUAAGCUUCAUCUGUCUGUUAAACCCGGAGCAAAUCCAAAGUUCUAUAAACCAAGAACUGUUCCAUAUGCACUGCAGGAUAAGGUAGCUGAGGAAUUGGAUAGACUAGAGAAGAUUGGGGUCAUUGAGAAAGUGGAAUAUUCUGAAUGGGCUGCUCCCAUUGUACCAAUACUCAAACCUUCAGGCGCCGUGAGGAUAUGGGGGGAUUAUAAGCUGACAGUGAACAGAGACUUGGAGGUGUCUCAGUAUCCUUUGCCUGUGCCAGAAGAUUUGCUCAACCAACUGAAUGGUGGGACGAAAUUCACCAAAUUAGACCUAUCACAAGCCUAUCAACAAGUGUUACUUGAUGAUGAAUCUAAGAAAUAUGUGACUGUGAACACCCAUAAGGGUCUUUAUCGUUAUACACGAUUACCCUUUGGGGUCGCUUCAGCCCCUGCUUUAUUCCAAAAUGUCAUGGACCAGGUAUUACAGGGUCUUCCAGCAACUGGCGAUUUCAUAGAUGACCUGUAUGUCACUGGUAAAGAUGACAGUAAACACCUGAAGCACAUUGAUAAUGUGUUUGAACGUUUGGAUUCUUAUGGCAUCAAACUAAACAAGUCGAAGUGUACUUUCCUUCAACCAUCUAUGGAGUACCUUGGUUUCAGGGUGGACAGUCAAGGUAUUCAUCCGACGGAAUCCAAGAUUGAAGCAAUCCGGAAUGCACCGCGACCAACAAAUCUGACAGAACUACAAUCCUUUUUAGGGUGUGUGAACUAUUACCGGAAGUUUAUACCAGAUAUGUCCACAGUGUGUGCACCAUUAAAUAAACUUCUGCAGAAAGGAACAAAGUUCCAUUGGGACAGCUCGUGUGAGAAAGCCUUUCAGAAACUAUGUAAGCAUUUGACUACAUCUGAUGUACUAGUGCAUUAUGGCCCAAAGCAGCCUCUGAUCUUGGCGGCAGAUGCAUCUCAGCAUGGUUUAGGUGCAGUCAUUUAUCAUGAUACAAAUUCUGGGGAACGACCUAUAGCGUUUGCUUCACGAACGCUGACAGCCGCUGAGAAAAACUACUCUCAGAUUGAGAAAGAGGCUUUGGCUAUCAUUUUUGGAAUCCAGAAAUUCCAUAAGUACUUGUAUGGGAGACAUUUCACCCUGUUUACGGACCACAAGCCACUAACAAGUAUUAUUGGGCCUAAAACAGGAAUUCCUGUACUCGCUGCAUCAAGACUGCAGAGGUGGGCCAUCCAGCUAUCAGCUUACACUUACGAGAUCAAGUAUAAAUGUACGAAACAAAAUGCUAAUGCAGAUUGCCUUUCCAGAUUACCAUUAGCCGAUACCGAUGGUCAGAAACCCACUUCACACACAUUUUGGACACGAGAAGCUACUUCAGUGCAUAUUGCUCAGCUAGAUAAUCUGCCUGUUACAUCCAGAGACAUAUCAGCUGCAACUGUACGAGACAAAGUGCUAUCUCGAGUGAAACAUUUCACUGUUUGUGGUUGGCCUUCAGUAGGUGAUAUUUCUCAUGAAUUCCUGCCGUAUUAUAGAAGGAAGGACGAGUUGACAUGUGAAGAGGGCUGCUUACUUCGGGGAGUGAGAGUAGUAGUACCCACUCAGUACCGAGUUGAGAUUUUGGAUAAUCUUCAUGACUCUCAUCCGGGGAUUGUUCGCAUGAAAUCUCGAGCAAGGAUUCAUGUGUGGUGGCCUAAUUUGGAUACGGACAUAGAGCAGCUAGUUAGAAACUGUGCAUGUUGUCAAAGUGUACAACCGGUCCGACCUACAACUAGACAGAAUCCCUGGAUCUGGCCUUCCCGUCCUUAUCAACGGAUUCACGUUGACUUUGCUGGCCCCUUUAUGGGUGAGAACUUUCUUAUUGUGGUGGAUGCUAUGUCCAAAUGGCCUGAAGUAGUUCAGAUGAAAUCAACAACAACAAUAAGUACCAUAAAUGUUUUGAGAAAGCUCUUUUCUUCUAAUGGCCUUCCCGAUCAGCUAAUCUCUGACAAUGGACCUCAGUUUACCUCUCACGAGUUCAAGUCAUUUCUGAAGAAAAAUGGAGUUAAACAUAUUCUGUCCUCGACGUACCACCCAAGCUCUAAUGGUGAGGCAGAACGAUUCGUCAGAACGUUUAAGACUACUAUGAAAUCCAUGAGGGCAUCUACGUCUACUCUUCAACAGCGACAGUGCAGAUUUCUGCUGUCCUACCGAACCACACCUCACAGUACAACGAAAACGACCCCUGCAGAACUGUUCAUGGGGAGGCGUAUUCGUACUCGACUCGACUUGCUGAGACCAGAUCUUGCUUCUUCAGUUCAAAGAAAAGUGUCUCCGAAAGUAGAUGCUGUGAGGCAUUUCGAAGUUGGCGACCCAGUCCUGGUGAGGGACUACAGGGGUCGUACCGAACAAUGGCUCCAGGGGGUUGUACUAAAAGCAUUAGGUCCUGUGACUUACAAGGUUCAGGUAGAGAACUUUGAGUGGAAGCGCCAUGUUGAUCAGCUGAUAACUAUGCCAGGUACGCCUGAUCUAUCAGUAACAUCCACUACGGAGGACAUAACAAUCUCUGAUAGGUCUGAAAGUGCGCCAAUGUCUGGGGUAGAGAAAAUUCCAGUUGAAAGUACCAAGGGGUCAUUUCCUGGGGAAAUCGGGGUGGAGAAUGUUCCACCUGGGACAAGGCCCCCAGGGACUGAAAAUGUACCUGUGACAGAAACAGCGACCCGAAGAUAUCCUGUUAGGGAGAGGAAGCAACCAGAUAGACUGUCUUAUUGA